CCCAGUGGUUGCAAUAACGGACUUAGAGGUCUGGACAGUUCAAGUAGGGAACAAGUCUCGGUUCUCCAAGUUCUCGCAGGAUAAAAGUUUGUUAGGAAGGAUUUCACAUGGUUUCUCUUUAUCAGAAAGUUAUUAGGGACUUUUAAUCACAGAAUUGGCCUCGGGUGCCCACGCUCUAGUAUUGAAAUGGCGCUUUUGGGACAAAUAAGCAACAUCCGUGGGAGUGGAAAGCGAUAGACCUGAUUCCGGAAGCGUUACAGCUAGGCGCCAAGUUCACAGGCGCGAAGUUCAAAUUUGCCUUGUGACCGCUGUGAUAGGUGGGUACAGGGGAGCGCGGGCGAGCACACGUGAAUUCCUACCGCCCCCUAGGUCUGGGCGCUAUAAAGGGGCCUGCGCCUGGCGUUGUUCGUCGCAGUUGCUCGGAAUCUUUGCACGCACUCCACAGGCAGUUGGAGGUGAGCUGCUGCCGGCCACGCUAGAGGCUGCAACACCAGACAUGGAUGGGCACAAAGAAGAACCGCCCCGCUUGCAAGAGCCGGAGGAGGACGAGGAUUGUUACAUCCUUAAUGUUCAGUCAAGCAGUGGUGACACCAAUGGGUCUUCUGUGGCCAGAGGAGCUCUGAGGAGACAGACGAGUUGCAUCCUUAAUGUCCGGUCACGGAGUGGUGGCACCAGUGGGUCUUCUGUGGCCAGAAGAGCUCCGAAGAGACAGGCGAGCUCCGUGGUAGUGAUUGACUCUGAUUCUGAUGAGGAAUGUCACACCCAUGAGGAGAAGAAAGCUAAGUUAUUGGAAAUAAACAGCGACGAUGAGAGUCUGGAGUGUUGUCAUGUGAAGCCUGCCAUCCAGGAACCUCCAAUAGUUAUUAGUGAUGAUGACAAUGACGACGACAACGGUAAUGAUUUGGAAGUUCCCGAUGACAACCGUGAUGAUUCAGAAGCUCCCGACGACAACAGUGAUGAUUCGGAAGCUCCCGGCGACAACGGCGAUGAUUCGGAAGCUCCCGACGACAACGGCGAUGAUUCGGAAGCUCCCGACGACAACGGCGAUGAUUCGGAAGCUCCCGACGACAGCAGUGAUGAUUCAGAUGUUCCUGACGACAACAGUGAUGAUUCGGAUGUUUCCGAAGACAACAGUGAUGAUUCGGAUGUUUCCGAAGACAACAGUGAUGAUUCGGAUGUUCCCGACGACAAGAGUGAUGAUUCGGAUGUUCCCGACGACAACAGUGAUGAUUCGGAAGCUCCCGACGACAACAGUGAUGAUUCGGAAGCUCCCGACGACAACAGUGAUGAUUCGGAUGUUCCCGACGACAACAGUGAUGAUUUGGAAGUUCCUGUGCCGGCAGAAGAUUUGUGUAAUGAAGGCCAAAUUGCCUCAGAUGAAGAAGAGCUGGAUGAGGCUGCUGCUGCUGCCUCCCAGCACGAUUCAUCUGAUGAUGCUGGUGAGCAGGAUCUUGGUGAGAAUCUCAGCGAACCACCAAGUGAUCCUGAGGCUAACCUUGAAGUUUCAGAGAGAAAGCUGCCAACUGAGGAAGAGCCUGCACCUGUGGUGGAACAAUCAGGGAAAAGGAAGUCAAAAACCAAAACUAUUGUGGAGCCGCUAAAACAACAGAAGGCAAAAACCAAAACUAUUGUGGAGCCACUGAGGAAAAGGCAGACAAAGACCGAAAAUAUAGUGGAGCCACUGAGGAAGAGGAAGGCAAAAACCAGAAAUGUAUCUGUGACACUUGGACAUAAGAAGCGUGGGCCUUCAAAGAAGAAACCUGGUGCGGCAAAAGUUGAAAAACGCAAGACUAGGACUCCUAAGUGCAAAGUCCCUGGAUGUUUCUUGCAAGACCUUGAAAAGUCAAAGAAAUACUCUGGAAAAAAUUUACAGCGAAAUAAGGAUGAAUUGGUUCAGAGAAUCUACGACCUGUUUAACAGAUCCGUCUGUGAUAAAAAGCUGCCAGAGAAACUACCCAUAGGCUGGAAUAACAAGAUGGUGAAAACUGCUGGCUUAUGCAGCACUGGUGAGAUGUGGUACCCAAAGAGGCAGCGCUUUGCCAAGAUCCAGAUUAGCUUGAAAGUCUGCGACUCUGCAGACCGAAUCCGGGAUACCUUGAUCCAUGAAAUGUGCCAUGCUGCCUCCUGGCUGAUUGAUGGUAUCCAUGAUUCUCAUGGUGACACAUGGAAGUAUUAUGCCAGGAAAUCCAACAGGAUACACCCGGAGCUGCCCAGGGUCACCCGUUGCCAUAACUAUAAGAUUAACUACAAGGUCCAUUAUGAAUGUACUGGGUGCAAAACGAGGAUUGGCCGCUACACCAAAUCGUUGGACACCAGCCGCUUCACCUGUGCCAAAUGCAAGGGGUCUCUGGUCAUGGUGCCAUCAACUCAGAAAGAUGGGACCCGUCUUGUGCCCCACGUGUGACCAUUUGCUGUGUAUGUGCAGAAGUAUUAUAGAAAAGUUAUGCAGGAGAUGGCUAGGAUUAGCCUUGGGGAUGUGAUAAAAACACUUGGCAGGAAUUACAAGGCAAUGAAGAAUUCUUAAGGUUAUCUGAGAGUAUAUUCAUGUGAGCUAUAUCCUUUACUGGUAAGAAGUUUUAGAAAAGUUUGUUUAGUGAAGUUAGGAAUAUUAGAAUUUAGGUACUGUUAAGUAAUAAUAUUAGAAUUUAAGAUUCAUGUUAUUAACGAUGAUUGACCUUAACCAGGGACUCUAUUGCUAACCAUUCUGUGCCCUUAACAGGGUAUUUCUGAAGCCCUUGGGAUCUACCUUGGGUCUUACUUGAGUUCCAUAUUUUUCACAUGUAGGACAAAAUGCAAAAGAAAAGUGAGUUUUCAAGAGUGGCAGGUUGAGAGAGAGGAGAAUGCUAGAAAGAGGACAAGUUUGAGAGGCAACACUUAAACACCAGGGCUACUGUGACAUCUAUGUAGACAGGAAAGUCAAACGUGUUUCAUAAAAUUCGUUGCUGAUGGUAUUGAUUGAAACUAUCUGAGCCAUGUAAUCAAAAAAUAAAAGUUUUCUGCAUCUCG